GCCCCACCCCCUGAGCCUCUCCGAUUUCCUGAGCUGCGGGCUGCAAAGGGAGGAGAAGCAGCUUCUUGCAACCCCCUCGGCUGGGCCCCGGGGUAAUUCGAUGCGGGCCUGGCGUGGCUCCCCACGUUAGACCCGGGCUCGCGUCUCGGCAGCCUCCACCCACCGGCCCACCCUACAUUUAGCGCAUCAUGUGAUCCGGGCCUUCAAGAAACCUCCAGAGUGUCUUACCCCUGCUCCCUGUAAAUGCUGUGAGAAUCCCAGUUUUAUAUGUCAAAAGUGGUCAUCAUCCAGAGCUCCUGGAUUGUCAGCUCUGGAAUAGUAGGUGGAAAAUAUCGUUCAGAAUCUCAACACCCUUGAGAACAGAAUGCUAAUGCUUGAUGGGAUGCCGGCAGUCAGAGUCAAAACAGAGCUUUUGGAAUCUGAACAAGGGGAAGAAUAACAAACGGAAAUUUUUCAUGAAAUUACCAACUUCACAUACUUGUUGUUCUGAUGCCGUAAGAAAGCAGAAAAUAAUGAUUUGGGGUUUUCAUCUAAGAGAAUAAUACUAAUUCUCCAAACGUCCACAACUACCCCGAUAUGGAAGCUGUUCCCCUCUUGCUAAAUAAUGUGAAAGGGGAGCCCCCAGAGGACUCAUUGCCUGUAGAUCACUUCCAGACACAAACUGAGCCAGUGGACUUGUCAAUCAACAAAGCCAGGACCUCCCCUACCGCAGCUUCAUCCUCCCCAGUCUCCAUGACAGCGUCUGCCUCCUCACCUUCUUCAACUUCAACCUCUUCAUCAUCUUCUAGUCGUCCAGCCUCAUCCCCCACUGUUAUAACAUCAGUAUCUUCAGCAUCGUCUUCGUCAACAGUGUUAUCUCCAGGACCCCUUGUUGCCUCUGCGUCUGGCGUGGGCGGCCAGCAGUUUUUGCACAUCAUCCAUCCUGUCCCACCUUCCAGUCCCAUGAACUUACAGUCUAACAAACUCAGUCAUGUUCAUCGAAUCCCUGUGGUGGUACAGUCAGUGCCGGUUGUCUACACAGCUGUACGGUCACCUGGAAAUGUGAACAACACUAUUGUUGUACCGCUCCUGGAGGAUGGGAGGAGCCAUGGCAAAGCACAAAUGGAGCCCCGAGGCCUAUCUCCCAGACAGAGUAAAAGUGACAGUGAUGAUGAUGACCUGCCAAAUGUGACCUUAGAUAGCGUUAAUGAAACUGGAUCCACGGCCCUUUCCAUAGCCAGAGCAGUACAAGAGGUACAUCCGUCCCCAGUAUCCAGGGUCCGAGGAAAUCGAAUGAAUAACCAGAAGUUUGCUUGUUCAAUCUCACCAUUUAGCAUCGAGAGCACAAGACGCCAGAGACGAUCAGAAUCCCCGGACUCCAGGAAGCGGCGCAUCCACAGAUGUGACUUCGAAGGGUGCAACAAAGUAUAUACAAAGAGUUCUCACCUGAAGGCACACAGGAGAACACACACAGGAGAGAAGCCCUACAAAUGCACAUGGGAAGGCUGCACCUGGAAGUUUGCCCGUUCAGAUGAACUGACCAGGCAUUACCGCAAACACACGGGAGUGAAGCCAUUCAAGUGUGCGGACUGUGACCGCAGCUUCUCGAGGUCAGACCACCUGGCGCUGCACCGUAGGAGACACAUGCUGGUGUGAGGAAGGCUCCGGUCCAGCUAUAUGCAAGAGCUGGGUCUCUUCAGGAGCAACUAACUCAGCAGGGCUGAGCUCCUCUACAGUGUUAACGUCAAGGGCACCGCCAUUCCCACGGUGCCUGAAACCAGAGCAGGAACAAGAAGGAACCCUUCUCCCUUCGGCCUGAAGGUAACCCCCCCAUCAUGACCACACGCGUGAGAGAGUCGCCGUCUGCGUCCACGCUGGCCUGGGAGUUCAGAGCCUCAGGUCCUGAAGAGACAAGCAUUGUUUUCCAUGCUAUGUCCUCUACCAUCGAAAAGAUGUUUGUAGCUUGUACAUUUUCCGAGCUGGCAGACACUCUGCUAUCAGUCCCUUAAAGGUCAUCUACCACAAAUUGAUGGUUAGAGGAGACCCUUCUCAGUUUGGAUGAUUCUUCCAUGGCACCCCACCCCACCCCAACCCCAACCCCAAGCCCUUUUGACAACAAUUUCAGUUCUUAUCUCAGUAAGCUAGAACACACAUCCAGUCUGUUACCAGCUAGCAGCAUGAACUAGAAAGGAAGGGGCUAUUGGAGACGCUCAUUACCCAAAAAAGAAAGGCUCACAGAAGGAACCCUCUGUGCUAGCAAUGGCAGACCUAGAUAGCGUUCAUAUCCUGUCCUCAUGCCAUCCCCAAAAAGAACCAACAUUGAGUCUUUUCAUUUGUUUGUUGUUGCUUGUUUCUGUUCCGUUUCUAUUCUGUUUUGUGCAUCUGUUCCAGCAGAGGGGCAGAGCAGUUUCUCAAAGGCUAGUCCUGCUCCUCCCUGGCAUGGACUGGCAGAGGUGUUCUGUAGUUGAAUAGGAAGAGCCUAUCUAAAAUAAUAAUAAUAACCACUGUCCCACUUCAAAUUGCAGCGUUCUGUCACCUAGGCACCAUCUCCUUCUGCCCUUAGUGUUUGAUUACAAGGAGUCAGGGGAAGGGGGACUUUCUUAGACACACUGGCACCAAGGUAAGAGGUGGAGAUGCCCAGGCAAAGUCAGUGAACGUGAAAACGAGACAAAGCAGAGAUGGAAAUAAUGCUUCUCCUGAGGAGAAAAGCAAUAAUGAAUAGAAAGACUUUCCUACAAUAACUCCACUGAGGACUCACGUUACCGACUUUCAUACUUACCAAAGGGAUUGUAAAAAACACCCCAGCAUUUCAGAUGUCUUAGUUACAUCCACAGCACGGAGGCAAUCUUUCCACUGUUUGUUGUCCUACUUGCUUAAGUACCACAAUUAAAGAUUAUGCUCCCCUCUUCUUGGUUGAAAACAGAUAUUUGGUGACUAGAGAGGCAAAGGAGGAAGAGCUGAGGAUUACCUCUUCAGCCAGGGGCUCUGUUCCACGUGGGUGUGUGUCCGUGGAAAGAGCGUCCUCAUGGAAAGCCUGUCCUGGUGCUACUUCUCCAACUGGGAGAGCCAAGAGUCUGACUCUACACAUUUCACUUUUUAAACUGUCCCAGAAUCCUUGUGCUCCCACAUUGGCAUCCGCAGGGACAGACAACCUGCUCGUCCUGGGAGAAGGGUGAGAGCAAAGUUAGGUUCCGGCCUUCCUCUCAAAUGAAGAGCGUUUUGUAUCUAGCAAAAUGUACAGAAAAAGCAAUACAUCCCCGACAAGCACUCUUUCCAAAAUAUUUUGUCCCCAUUCAAAGCUGCUGUUUUUCCCAGCUUUCUGUGGCAAUUGGGUUUGGUGAGAUUAUUGCUGUUAAGACGUUUCAUAGCUUCGGUAUAAAAGGUCUCCAGUGAAGGCCUUUGCAAUAUAUUUCAAUGACACACUUGAUUUUGGGAAUUGCACAAAGCAACCUCAUAAGAUUCCUAACUCGUUUUUAAAUGUCUGCACAUUCUAAAAUGAUUUUUGGUGAGAGUCAUCCUUUAUAGUAUCAGCUUCUAAUUGGGAUAACUGUAUUCUGACAGAGCAAGAACUAUAAACUUACAAGGAGAACCAUUUGUGUCGGGUAGCUUUUAAAAGAAUUUUAAUAAAUUUUCAGGCAAAAGUAUCAUGAUUUACAGGUCAAGUCCCAGCUUCAGAAAUAUGUGCUCUAUAUUUUCUGCCAGGUCAAAAACCUUCAUCAGGCAAUUUUCCUCCUACAAGGGCUGUAGUUUUAUUGAUAGAUAGCUUCAGCUACACAGGUUGGUACCCACCAGCCAGCAGGGUUUUUUUGGUUUUUUGUUUUGGGCUUUUUUGUUGUUGUUUUUUUUAUAUACCAACUGGAACAUUUUUUAAUCUGUACUGUAUGCACUUCCUACUUCUCAUUGCCUGUAAUCAUCCAGAAUGAAAACAGGCUUCCUGAUGCAUGCCAGCAUUAGUAACUGUCCAGGACAAAGAACACUGACAGUAGCAAACAGGCAUGAUCCUCCAAGCGCUGGCCCCAGGGCCUAGUUGGCAGGUAGUGAGGGAGUCACUCAAGUGAAGUAUAGAUUUGGCUUUGUUCUGGCAGCUCUCAUAAGAGCCAAUACUUUUUCCACGGAGAAGCAUCUUGCAAGUUUUACAGGGAGAAUUCACUGAACUGACAGGCAAGGGAAGCUUCCUGACUGACAUCUUGAUUUAAAAUUAGCACAGAACUAAAUGAGGCACACCUCUCUAACAGCAUAGGGAAACUCUUCCCCCUCACUCCCUGUAAGGGGAAAGCAUACUGAGAUGGUCAGGUAAUGGAUAAAACCUGCCACCAUUACAGCGUUUCCCUCUUUUUGACAUAGCGAUAUUUUUUAGAAGAGAUGCAAGCACAAAUGAAUACAUCCCUGAUCUGGCCCAAGAACUGAAACUUAUUUGGCCCUUGUCUGGAGGGAUGUAACCAAUCCUCCUCGGUAAGUUUCCUAGGUGUGUUUCCAGUAUAACAGAAAGUGGUUUGAGACUAAAAGGAAUGGUAUAUCCUUGGGCACAGAAAAGCCUCCACCCAUUUCAUAUGUGAGUCUAGCUUCUUGAAAAGCACAGUAUAUGAUAAGCUACCAAAAAAGAUAGAAUCCUAGAGCGCUUCUCAGUGCUUUCUUAAUCAGAGCACGCUUUGGUUUCAGGUUUAAAGUGAGUGGUUCAGCUUGCAGCUAGGGAGUGUGUGCUUGGGACCACCUCACACACAGCAUGGAGAACCAAUUGUCUCCUUGCAAUGUAAAGGCUGAUGACAAAAGAGUUGGGCUAUUAGAGGUUUUCAGAGAGUCCCUUAUAUUCCAGUCUUACGGUUACAUGAGUAAAAUGAGCACUUUAAAAUAUCACUUUAAAGAUGAAAAGUGAAACAAGAUGAGUUAGGGGAAGGGGGCUUUAAAAUGCUUCAGUGUUUACAAACAAACGUUGUAGGUGAUUAGAAAAGCCAUGUUCAUCGUGGUUGAAAUUUGGAACAGCUCAUGCGAAGACUGUGUUCAUUUUCAUGCAACUUAUUUAACGUCAGAUUGCCAUUCGGGUCCGGAACGGAAAUGGAAGUCUGCACUUUGAGAUCAGUUCAUUAGAAUGAUAACGUGUAAACAGAUGAAGAUGCAGUAUUCCUUAGUCUCUGCUUUGUUUAUGAUAUGUACCAAAGCUAGCUGCAAUUGAAUCAGUCUGGUGAGGCGAGGCCUUCAGUGGUACUCACAUGCCUUUGUUUUGUUGUAAUGACUGCCUAGAAACGUAGCUGAGAUGUUGCUACAAGGCUGUCUAAUCACUUGUAGAGAGAGGAUUCUUAGGACUGAAGCAGUGUUAAUACCAGCAUACACACAGUCCCCAUAGAAAGGAUCAAAUAUGAACUAAUGCUGAUGAACCACACAGGCCCAGGAAGCCUUAAUACUCAUAGUUCAAGAUCAGAGUUUAUCCUUUUCCACUGUCUGUAAGUUUAUCACAUAAAUGUAGGCCACCAGCCAGAUCUCUCUCUUUCCUUUGCCUGAGGUUGUGUAUCGCACAGAAGUGUUCUCAAAUGGACUUGACUCAGUUAAGGAAAGAGGUUUGGCCAGUCAUGUCUUCCAUAUUACGUGUCUACUUAUUCCCACACUGCCUUUCACUUAUCUGGACAGACGCCCCCAACACAUGCACCUGUGUGUACACAUCUGGAUAUGCAGCAGCCGGCAGGCAAGUAAAUAUCAACAAAGAACUUUUUUUAAAGAAAUAAUUUGUAAUAAUCCAUCCUAUGUAGAAAUGUAAGUUAUUACCCGACUAGAGAAUCAGCUUAUAAUACUAUGUAACUCUGCCUGCAUUUUGUAGUUAAGAAAUGUAUAUAAAAAAAUUUAAAAUGCUAUAUUUUCACAAUUUCAUUAUAGAGUAAUGUCUGUUUAGCAACCCAUGCCCAUUGGUAUUUUAAAUAUGCUAAAUAUUGAACAAUUGCAAUAGAAACUCAGAUUUUCAUAAGAAGAUACAACAGAAGGAUACUGCAUCUUUAAAAACAGAGUGACGCUAUUUUACUGUAUUCGUAACAUAUGUGAUAGUGGAAAAGUAUUUUCAAAACAUGCAAAUUUUACAGAGGUUGUAAAUAGUUUGAUGACGUAUGUUGGGGAAAAGCUUCUAGUUUUCAUCACAAUAAAAAAAAACACUUGUUCAGAUA